CCUCUAGCAGCCACAGACUUAAAUACCCGGAGGACGACCCUGUGUCAUAUUUGUUUUCAUUUCACACAAAAAGACAUGGCCAAAGUCCACUUUAGCUUUGUUUUUAAAAAAACUAAAUCUAUUGAUUAUGUAGAGAAGUUUACAAUCGCGUACCCCUUUCAAACCGAAUAGAUACCGUCCGUCAAGUGAAGGUUGAGUCAAGUGGAACAUGCUCCAGGUGGACACAGUGUGUGGUCUACACAGUAUGACCCACUCCGAUUCAGAUGACGGACAGUUAUUCAAACCAGCGAAACGACGGCGGUCUGCCGUUUCUCGUGGGUCCGCGUGAUGCAACUAUGGGCACCCGAAUUAGCCUGGCUCCGCGCUUAUACCUGGAUACCAUUUCCGAGCCCGCGAUUCCUCUUCCCCGUCAGGUUUGCCCGGCUAGCUACGUUCCUUGCACAUGGUGUCUACAUAGACCUGCUCAUUGCCCUUCAUAUGUGUUUCCAACGCUCAGGCCAUCUCUGCCACUCGCAAGCCCUUUGUCCUGUGAUAUUCUCGUACGAGCCGCUUCCGCCCAAUUCAGAACAAAUUUUGAACCAAGUUUAUAACCUGACCUUGUGUAAAUUCUCAAGGUCGGCUUAAUCCAGCCGCGGU